AUGACUAAAAUGGUAACGAGCAUUUAUCUUCAUGUAAAACCUCGAGAAAUUGUGCUUACUGUUGGGGAGGAUAAAAAUGUUACUUUCUUUGUCACGGAGACUUUACCAUUACCAGUUACUUUAACAUUGCGAAAAAGUGACCUGUUUGAUGGUACUCCACAUGUUUUUGAGCUGAAUAAUGAUAAAAGAUCAGCAAAUAUUGUUUUAACAGGUAUACGUAUCACGAGUUAUGCUAUAAUUGAAAUCGAAAAGUGUAUUUCUGCAAAUGCCAGCGGCAAUUUUACUAACUGUCCAUUCAGUGUAGUAGGAUUGAAUUUCGACUUUCUGCUUCUGAAUAUUGUCGGUUUUACAUGCUAUACAUUCUAUAAUGUUUUUAUGUACUUCGAUUCGUACGUACAGGAAAUAUACGAGCGUGAGCAUCCCCACAGCUUAAUUCCAGUCUUAUUAAAUGAUGUAGUGUUUGCGCUUCAUGCACUUCUAGCCUGUUUAGUUACAGCGUUGCAAUGUUACUUUUAUACUCGUGGCAAUCAGCGUAUUUCUUACACGUGUUGGGUUCUUACAGCGGUAUUUGCAUUAAUUGCCGUAACUACAUUAUCAAUGGCUGUGAUUGGGUGGAUGAAUAUUUUGCAAUUCAUCGUAGGCCUUUCAUACAUUAAAAUGGCUGUCACUUUGUGUAAAUAUUUCCCACAGGCUUAUAUGAAUUUUCGGCGAAAAAGUACUAUUGGGUGGUCAAUUGGGAAUGUCUUAUUGGACUGUUUGGGUGGAGUUAUGGAUAUUAUACAGAUGGUUUUACAGGGUGCCAAUACGGGUGAGAAUUUCGCUGAUUCGAAUUUUUAUCAUUUGGUGAUGGCAGUUUCUGAUGUUGAAAUUUUAGAUGACUGGUCAAUAUUUUAUGGAAAUCCCGUCAAAUUUGGUCUUGGAUUGGUAUCAAUGAUAUUUGAUGUUCUCUUCAUGGUGCAACACUAUUGUUUAUAUCGCAAUGCUGAUGGUGGCCCACCACUGCGAACUUCUGAAGGUGGCACUACAGAAGAAAUGGAUUUUUCAGAUUCGAACGUAGCGAGUUUACCGGAGGUUAUAAGUGUUAGCAAUGCGUAA